ACUGCAUGGCCAUGAAUACGUAUAGCCCUCAUCAUCAACAUAUGACAUAGAUGGCUGAGAACGAUGAGCGCCUUGUCUUCGGUUGCACGCUUUAGGGUUUGGACUUUGGCCCUCGACACUGUCUACUGCUGUCCACCGCCUUCCUCGCUCGCUCCGUCGCUCCCUCCUUCCGGGAAGAAGAAAACCCGGCACCCUGUGCCUGCCUGCCUGCAGUAAGUGAAGUGAGUGCAAAAGGCAAGGCAAGGCAAGGGCAAGGGCAAGGCAAGGCAAGUCCAAGCGCAGCAGCAGCAGCUGGGCCAGCCAGCAGCAGCAGCAGCAGGCAGGCAGGCAGGCACGCAGCAGCAGCAGCCGCAGCCUCACAACACUGGUCCAAUAACGAUGAGCAGAAGCAGCACAAAUACUCUAGCAAAGUGGAAUGAGGUUUGGGGGACAGAUCUGUGAACAGGAGGAGGAGGCUGCGGAGGAGGACUACUUUGUCGCUAGUUUAUCCAGAGUGUUCGGGGGAUGUGGAUGUGGACGUCGUCGUGAAGAAGAACGGGAUCAUGGCGUUCUACCUCGCUGCUGCUGUAGGAAGCAGUGCAACCACGUAUCGUUAGCACACCAGUCUACAUUGCGCUAGUAGAGAGCGACCAGGCAGUCGAGCCCACGGUGCUGCUCUGCCGUCGACCUCUUCUCUUCUGCUCGUCGGCUCGGCGAACUUCGUGUGCUCUGUUGUUGUGCUGAUUUUGCCCUGACCCUGACCGGUUGCGGCUGCACAGGCACCAUCGCCGGCAGCGCCAUCGUCUAGCCGUGGGUCUCGAGGCCGGUGUCCAGCCAUCUAUCAGCAUUCCGGAGCUCAUCGAGGCCUUGGCGCAAACGCAGAUCCAACCACGUAAUUAGGCGCCGCCGUGUCUGAGCACGACGAGUCUUGCAGCCAACCUGACAUGGAACUUGACCCCGCGACUAACAGCGCCAAGAUCGUCGAGCCCUCGCAGCAAUUGGACCUGUGACUGCGAAGAGCGCGAGCGUGCAGGACCCGGCCCACCUCCUCGCUUGCUGCAGGCCCAGCGCGCGGAUCCGGCCAAAUUGCUCGAGUCCAGCGGCAGCUCGGAACCCAAUUGAGCGGCUUCUCUCGCAGCGCAGCUGAGCCAAAAUGCAGAGCCCGCACCCGCAAUCGCUCCAGUGGGGAGCGCAGCUGAGCGCGACGGCGAGCCAAGUGCCCGAUCAAAUCACGAGGCAGCUGAUGCCGCCGCCCGCAGCCAUCUCGUUCAGCGAUGCCGCCGCCGGCAAGGGGGCCAGCGCUUACCCGACCAAGAAUGGCGCCGUGUACACCGAGCCCGUAGUGGCCCGGCACGUAGGCACGUACAACACCGCCGAGGUGUGGGAUAGCCUGGAGAGAGUGGCGUCCGAGAACGCCGUGGUCAUGUUCAGCAUCAGCUCGUGCUGCGUGUGCCAUGUGGUGAAGCGGCUGUUCAGUAGUCUGGGCGUCGCGCCGGCCAUUUACGAACUAGAUCAGGAGAGCUCGGGGCCUGAGAUCGUCGUAGCUCUGCAAAGAUUGGCCGGCGCCUCGCAGGCGCUGCCGGCAAUUUUCAUCGGCAAGAAGUACAUUGGUGGAUUAGAGGAGCUCAUCUCAGCGCACAUCGGAGGAUUUCUCGUCCCCCAGUUGAAACAAGCCGGCGCUCUCUGGCUAUAGAUCCUGCAGACAAUUCUCUUGCUCAUCACUUCACUUCACUUCACUGCUCAGCUCAGCGUAGCUCGCUUCGGAUAUGUUCGCCUAUGUUCGGCUCGGCUCGAUUCGGUUCCUUGCAGGUCCGCUCAGUUCAGUUCGGUUCGGUUCAGUUCAGUUCAGUUCGUUCAGCAGAAACCUCGGAGAGCGAAUGAAUCAUGGGUCAGCGGCCAUUCUGCGCAGUCACGACCUUCCCGUAACCUGUAACCCAACGAUCUUCUCAUGCACUCGUGACGGUACCGGUGUUGCAAGCAGUCCCAGCAGGAGCGAUGGAUGGAUGGCAUAUUAGGUGUAAGAUUGGUAGCUAGCAGCAAUCGUCGAGAAGGUUCUAGUGUGAUUGAUACUCUCGCUGCCUUCCUUUAUAUCAGCCCCGUAUGUAGCUUAUGUCCUCCCCGUAGGCGGUGGGUGCCCUUGGAAUCAGUUUCAAAGGAUCAGUAGAACGAGAGAUGGAUGGAUGGAUAGAUAGAUAGAUAGAUAGAUAGUUAGCUAGCAAGCUAGAAAGAUGUUAGAGGGAGAGAAGGAGCGUGCACUGAUCGGGGACGUGGCUCGAGUCGGAGAUUGCAGGGAUGAUGAUCUCACAUCAUCAGGACGACUGUCCUCUUCUUCUGUGAGCGCUAUCCCAUAUUAUCAUCAGAACGACUUUUCUCUUCUUCUGUGAGCGAGUGUCUGGAUCUGGCUGGUGGUGGAAGAAGUCCCCCACCCUCAGCCCCCCACUAUCGUAUCUAAGACCGCGCUUCUGUACCAGCUGCAAAAUUGUACCCCCUGAACAUUUUUUAAUCGGGCGAAUCGAUCCCCUUGUUC